AUGGCGGCGCCCAGCUUCCCCACGCCGCUGUACGGGCAUGUGGGCCGCGGCGCCUUCAGCGACGUGUACGAGCCCGCGGAGGACACUUUUCUGCUGCUGGACGCACUCGAAGCGGCGGCGGGCGAACUCACGGGAGUGGAAAUAUGCCUCGAGGUUGGCUCAGGGUCUGGAGUGGUGUCUGCAUUCCUAGCCUCUGUGAUCGGUCCUCAAGCUUUGUAUAUGUGCACCGAUGUCAACCCUGAGGCAGCAGCGUGUACCCUGGAGACGGCACGGUGUAACAAAGUCCACAUUCAACCAAUAAUUACAGAUUUGGUCAAAGGCUUGCUACCAAGAUUGAAGGAAAAGGUCGAUCUCCUUGUAUUUAAUCCUCCUUAUGUAGUGACUCCACCUGAAGAGUCUCAGGUUUGCUCCUUUCACAAGUAUUUGGAAGUGGGGGAGGAGGAGAACCAAUUCUCACUUCAGGUCGGGAGUCACGGGAUACAGGCGGCUUGGGCUGGUGGGAGAAGCGGUCGUGAAGUCAUCGACAGAUUCUUACCACUGGCUCCAGAUCUCCUCUCACCAAGAGGAUUGUUCUAUUUAGUCACCACUAAAGAAAACAAUCCAGAAGAAAUUUUGAAUAUAAUGAAGACCAAAGGUCUACAAGGGACCACUGCGCUUUCCAGGCGAGCAGGCCAGGAAAUCCUGUCGGUCCUGAAGUUCAGCAGGCCCUGAUCUGCGCUGUGUGCUACGUAAAGCAGGAUGCUUCUGGCAUAUGUGAAACUGAAAGUUUUUUCUUUGUUAACAAGUAAAAUUGCCAGAAAUUUGUUACGUAGACAAAGGCAGGCAAGUGGGGCAUUUCCUUUUACCCAGCAGUCAGGCCUACAGGAAUAUUUGCACAAAUGCAAGUAAAUAUAUAUAUAUAUAUUGAAUUUCACAUAUGUAUUAUAUGUAGAGAAUAUAUAACGAAGAAUUAUACUUAAUUAUAUGUGAAGAGGAUGUUCACUUCAGUGUUACUCAUAAUGGCAGAACAAUGAAGUUAAAUGUCCAUCAGCAAACGGAUUGGUAAAAUAGAGCACAGUAUUUUCAUAUUACUAAACAUCUCCAGCCAUUAAACAUGAGUCACGUCUGUAUACACUCAACCAGAAGGGUUCGUUAUAGGCUACUGAUCAGUGAAAAAAAGCAAGUUGUAAAAUAGUGUUAACCUAUGUGUAUAUUUUUUAAAAACUAAUAACCAAGAAGGUUUGUGUUUUAUGUGUAUAUGAGAAAUUCUCCAAAGGCACAGGUGGGAAUAGAGGAACCUUCAUUCUUUUGUGCUGGCGUUUGUACAGUGAUAAUCUGUUCUAUAAUGAAACAGCUUUUUAUAUAAAAGUUUUUCAAGUUCACCUUC